AUUUUAGCUUUCUUUUGGUCUCCUGGAACGCAAUCACUUGCAACAAACAAACUCAGAAAGUUAGAAGACGUCAGAAGUUACAGAGCUUAAAGAAGUUAACUCGGAGCAGAAACCGACUCUAGAACACGAAGCAUUGACGGAAGAGAGAUUUGGGCCGAAAGUUGCCGCACUUUGAUGACAAGUGGAAUCACUGACUCGAGGUCGCGUUGAUCUCAAGCCGGCUGCGGCAUUCACAGAACCAAAAAACAAUAAAAAGGGUGAAGAUGGCCACAAGACACUGAAGACAGCAUAUAUAUGUGUCAGUUGUCGUUUGCUAGUUGCCAUGAACAAAUAACCGACGCAUCAGCCGUUUGAAGCAGCUCGCAAGGAGGGAGUUCAAUGACCACGAGGAAGAUCGAAAUCGCGGGACACCAGUACACGGUCCUCGAACAAGAAGACGUCUAUGACUCGGUUACCGGCCAUCCCCUCACCGGCUCCUGGCUCUGGAACUCCUCCCUCGUCCUCUCCGACUGGCUUGUCACUGAAGCUCACCUCCACUUAUUCCCUCUCAACGGCAAGAACGUCAUUGAGCUCGGCGCUGGGUCCGCUGGCCUCCCAGGGCUCACGGCAGCUCGGCUCGGGGCCAGCCGCGUCUUCCUCACUGACGUCGCGCCGAUCCUUCCGGGGCUGAGGAGGAACGUGGAAGCGAACGGAGCCGGGGAGCAAGUAGAGGUGAGGGAGCUGGCGUGGGGAUCGGAGGAGUCGGCGAGGGGAAUUGGGGAGGAGUUUGACGUUGUGUUGAUGAGCGAUGUGUUCUUUGGCGCUGAGGAGGCGAGGGAGUUGGGGAAGACCCUGAGAGGGCUGUGCGGAGAGAGGACGAGGGUGUGGGCGGCAAGCGAGGUCAGGGAUUGGACUGGAUUUUGGCUGGAGGAGUUGGGGAGGGAGGGUUUUGGAGCAGUGGAAUUGGCGUUUCGACUCGGCGGUCCGGGGUAUGAAGGGGAGUUGGUCGGUGAGGGAAGUUUCGUGGUGUAUGAGAUCUUGAGGAUGGCGCAAAAUGAAGUAGCCCAGCGUUCGUGGCUAGAGUCCAGUUAGGCUCCCUACGCAGGCUGUUGAGUUCUUACCUCUGCUGCUGACAGCUGUAACACUUACAAACUUAUUUCUUUAGGGGGCUGAUGCGGAUUGUGCUAUUCGACGCUUUCUUUUUGGCUGACAACGAGACAAAAACGCACAAACGGGAAAAACAACAGACUAAGCCUUCACUGUCA